UCCAGGAAGAAAGCGGUUACACUUUCCUGUAAUGGCGGACCAGACAGAGAGCGAAACUCUUGGGUUUAACGACAACAGAAUGGCGCAGCAGGCGGUGCGGUUCCGCAGUCCUGCGCCUGCCACUGCCCCUGCACCUACCCCAGCCCAGUCCCCAGUUUUACGAGGCCCUCCGCCACUGCUUAGGCCACCGCCGCCUCCAUUUGGCAUGAUGAGGGGCCCGCCGCCAAGACCCCCAUUUGCCCGACCUCCCUUUGACCCAAACAUGCCGCCUAUUCCACCACCUGGAGGCAUGCCACCACCCAUCGGACCUCCUCACCUCCAGAGGCCUCCUUUCCUUCCUCCUCCCAUUGGCAACUUGCCGCCUCCUCCAGGGAUGCUGUUUCCUCCUGGGAUGCCUCCUGUUCCUGCAUCUGGAAACCCAGCUCUCAAUCCUGCAGAGGAAAUCUGGGUAGAGAACAAAACUUCAGAGGGAAAGACAUAUUACUACAACGCUCGGACCAGAGAGUCGUCAUGGAGCAAACCAGAUGGUGUGAAGAUCAUCCAGCAGUCUGAACUCAACCCUCUUCUGGUAGCGGGGGCUACAGCUGCAGGUUCCGGUGCGAAUGUGGGUGCGACCGGGCCCGCUAGCACCAACAGCGGUAACACAGCUGCCAGCACAGCGGCGUCGGCCUCCCCCACUCAGGCCCCGACCUCUACCCCGACCCACACGCUCACCUCGAGUCCAGACCCCACCACCACCCCCUCAUCCUCUGUGACCAUCGCAGCCACUGUUGUAGCAGACCUCCCCCCUGUUGCCACUGUAACUUCCACUGUUGCUGUGUCGCCGGUCACCGUGGUGACCGUUUCCACGGUGCCAUCCCCUGUCACGGCGGUCCAGACUGUGCCGCUGCUGCAAGCAGCCUUGCCUCACAGUGUGGCCCAGCCCACUGCAGCCAUACCUGCCUUCCCACCCGUCAUGGUGCCACCUUUCCGGGUGCCUUUGCCAGGCAUGCACAUCCCUCUACCAGGUGUAGCAAUGGUGCAGAUAGUAGGUGCUCCCUGUGUAAAGGCAGGCCCCAGCGCCAACGGCAUGCUCCCUGGUAUGGGCCCGCCUUUAGUUUCCAUGAUGCACCCGCAGCUUACGCUUUCGCCGGCUCCGGCAUCCUUAGCCGGAUCGUUGCAGCUUCCUGAGUGGACGGAAUACAGGACAGCCGAUGGGAAAACGUACUAUUACAACAACCGCACGCUAGAGUCCACCUGGGAGAAACCACAGGCCCUCUUAGAGAAAGAAAAAGAAGCAGAGAAGGCCAAAGAACGUCUGACCCAGGAGGAAGCUGAGGCAAUGGAGAUGGAGGAUGAAGAUAUAAAGAUGGAAAACACUAAUAAUGUGAAGGAGGAACCUAAAGAAGAAGAGAUGACUGAGGAAGAAAAGGCAGCUCAGAAAGCCCGGCCUGUCGCCACCAACCCCAUACCUGGCACACCUUGGUGUGUGGUAUGGACGGGUGACGACCGUGUUUUCUUCUACAACCCGACCACACGGCUGUCGAUGUGGGACCGGCCCGAAGAGCUGGUCGGCCGAUCCGACGUGGACAAACACAUCCAGGAGCCGCCACACAAGAGAGGCUUGGAGGACAGCAAGAAGACGGGUGAACAAAAGCAGACUUUUUUAUUUGAGGCUUUAAGCUACAACAGAAAAAGUCAUUUUAGCAGCUUUUAUGCUAAGAAACUUAUUUUGAUGUACUCAGGGAUCAGUAAGGAAGAACCAGAGACGUCGCUGGCCACUGAAGAUAGUCCAGAUGAGGAGCCGACCAAAUCCAAAAAGAGAAAGAAGGAAGAAACAAAGGAGGCAGACUCUGAGAAGGAAGCAGCCAUGGAGGCAGAGCUGCGAGCGGCCAGAGAGAGAGCGGUGGUGCCCCUAGAGGCCAGGAUGACUCAGUUCAGAGACAUGCUGCUGGAGAGAGGGGUGUCUGCGUUCUCGACCUGGGACAAGGAGCUCCAUAAGAUAGUGUUCGACCCACGCUACCUUCUGCUCAACCCAAAAGAAAGGAAACAGGUUUUUGAUCAGUAUGUGAAGACAAGAGCUGAAGAGGAAAGAAAGGAGAAGAAGAACAAGCUCAUGCAGGCCAAAGACGAUUUCAGGCGGAUGAUGGAGGAUUCCAAGCUCACACCCAAAACAACAUUUAGUGAAUUUGCCAUGAAGCAUGGAAGAGAUCCAAGAUUCAAGGCCAUCGACAAGAUGAAGGACAGGGAGGCGAUCUUCAUCGAAUUUAUGACCGCUAUGAAGAAGAGAGACAAAGAAGACUCCAAAACCAGAGGAGAGAAGGUUAGGCAAGACUUUUUUGACCUCCUAAGCGACCAACACGUGGAGGGAAAUCAGCGAUGGAGCAAAGUGAAAGAGCGGCUAGAGACUGACCCUCGGUACAAGGCUGUGGACAGCUCCGCUCUCAGAGAGGAGCUAUUCAAACAGUUCAUGGAGAAACAAGCAAAGAAUGUGGACAUUGACAAGGAGCGAGAGCUGGAGCGGCAGGCUCGCAUCGAGGCCAGUCUCAGAGAGAGGGAGCGGGAGGUACAGAAAGCCCGAUCGGAGCAGACCAAAGAGAUUGACCGAGAAAGGGAGCAGCACAAACGGGAGGAGGCCAUCCAGAACUUCAAAGCCCUCAUGUCUGACAUGGUCCGUUCUUCGGACGCAACGUGGUCGGACACGCGCCGUAACCUGCGGAAGGACCACCGCUGGGAGUCGGCUUCCCUGCUGGAAAGGGAGGAGAAGGAGAAGCUGUUCAACGAACACGUAGAGGCCCUGGCCAAGAAGAAGAAGGAACAAUUCAGGCAGCUGCUUGACGAGACCAGCAUGAUCACGCUGACGACUACGUGGAAGGAAGUCAAGAAGGUCAUCAAAGAUGACCCCCGCUGUAUUAAAUUCUCCUCCAGUGACAGAAAGAGACAGCGAGAGUUUGAAGACUACAUCAAAGAUAAGUACAUCACGGCCAAAGCUGACUUCAGAACCCUGCUGAAGGAAACAAAGUUCAUCACGUACAGGUCCAGAAAGCUGAUCCAGGAGUCGGACCAGCAUCUGAAAGACGUGGAGAAGAUCCUUCAAAACGACAAGCGAUACCUCGUGUUGGAGUGCGUCCCAGAGGAGCGCAGAAAGCUGAUCAUGUUCUACAUUGAGGAUUUGGACCGACGCGGCCCGCCUCCUCCCCCCACCGCCUCUGAGCCGACGCGACGCUCCACCAAGUGAACGGCUGGAUCCCCACCAUGACCAGUGACCUACUCCUCCCCGCCCUUCCCUUUGGCCAGAGCAUGACCUCCCCCCAGCACCUCCUGAACCCCAGCCUCCAGGCUGGCCUCGCAGUGUUAUUGCUGGGGGCUGACUUGCUUAGAGAUGAACGGUUAAGGUCUCUGUGUUAUGCCAUCUCUUCAUCCUGCAUUUAAGGUCACAGCAGGGAACAGAGGUUGACCUGAUCUCCAGUCGACUGUUGACCUCUUUACCUCUGAGGGAGAGGAGAAAGUGGUGAGGCUGUUGUCUGAGCAGCCACACAGAUGUAAGAUAGCUGAUGUAAAUGAAGAUGUGUGUGUGAGUAUGAGUGUGGCGCAGGCAUGUUUAAAUUGAGUAUAUGUUUGAGGCGUCCUUAAGCCUUACAGCUCCACUGUGCCAGUCACCGUUUCUGCGGCACAGUGUGAAUGUUAGUUUCAGCUCAGUGGUUUACUCCAAUGUCACAGCAGUUUCUCUGUUGAAUUAAAUAAAAGCAACAUCCACUGUUUUUCAACAUGA